AUGAGUCAGUCAAAGACACCUGCAACAAGUGAUCUGUCUUUAUUGACGGGAUCUGUAACCAAUUCGAAGAAAUCAGAUACUUUGCAGGAAUCCCCACAAAUUACAAGAGUCCCUGCCAAAGAAGGCAAGACAGGAAAAGGAAUUGAACUGGAGUACAGACAUCAAAAGGUUGUCGGCAGUGGAUCCUUUGGAGUCGUGUGCCAGGUCCGGUUUGUAAAAAAUGGACAAAAAUACGCGAUCAAAAAAGUAUUACAAGACAAACGCUACAAGAACCGUGAACUAGAAAUGAUGAAGAAGAUGGAUCAUCCGAACGUGUGUGGCCUUGAAGCCUAUUUUUAUUCCACGGGUAGCCGAGGGGAUGUGUACCUUAACCUGGUAUUGGAUUAUGUUCCUGAGACGGUUCAUCGGGUGGCACGUUAUCAUGCCAAAAUUCAGCAACCGAUUCCAAUGUUGCAAGUCAAGCUGUACACUUACCAAUUGUUUCGAUCGCUUGUUUAUAUUCACUCAAUUGGUAUAUGUCAUCGAGACAUCAAACCGCAAAAUCUUUUAGUUGAUCCUGUCAGUGGGGUAUUAAAGUUGUGCGAUUUCGGAAGUGCGAAAUGCUUGGUGGUAGGUGAGCCAAAUGUGGCCUACAUCUGUUCAAGGUACUAUCGAGCACCCGAACUUGUUUUUGGUGCGACAGACUACACGAGUCAGGUCGAUGUGUGGUCAGCAGCGUGUGUAAUGGGUGAAUUGCUGCUUGGACAGCCAGUGUUUGUGGGCGAGAGUGCUAUUGACCAACUAGUAGAGAUCAUAAAAGUACUUGGAACUCCUUCACGAGAAGACAUCAAGGCUAUGAAUCCUCGAUACAUUGAUCAUAAAUUUCCUCAGAUACAACCAUAUUCUCUCCAAAAGCUUUUCCGUUGGAGAACACCGCCCGAGGCUGUUGAUUUGAUGUCGCGCACACUUGUGUACAACCCUACUAUUAGACACACUGCAAUCAAACUGCUUGUACACCCCUUCUUUGAUGAACUUCGACAUCCAGAUACACGUCUUGGUAAUGGCAAAUCUCUUCCACCCCUGUUUGACUUUUCAUCUCAAGAACUAUCUGUUGACUCUGAGUUAUUUAACAUGCUUGUACCGGAACACGCCAAAGAAAUGCUGGUGAAACGGGGCCUUGAUUUGAUGAGCUUUGAACGAUAA